GCUCCGCCGCGCAGCCUCACACACCUACAGCCGCUUUGGAGAAGUAGAGAGCGAGGCAGAGUAGAUAGCUGCCGCCUGCCUUCCGCACCGUUGCCUGUGCGCAAACAGCCGCCGCCGCCGCCGCCACACCACCACCACCAGCAACCACCACCACAAUGGCUGAUCAGCUGACCGAGGAACAGAUUGCUGAAUUCAAGGAAGCCUUCUCUCUAUUUGACAAAGAUGGUGAUGGCACCAUCACAACAAAAGAACUUGGGACUGUCAUGAGGUCGCUGGGUCAAAACCCAACAGAAGCAGAACUACAAGACAUGAUCAAUGAGGUAGAUGCUGAUGGCAAUGGCACUAUUGAUUUCCCAGAAUUCUUAACCAUGAUGGCCAGAAAAAUGAAGGAUACAGACAGCGAGGAAGAAAUCCGUGAAGCAUUCAGAGUCUUUGACAAGGAUGGCAAUGGCUACAUCAGUGCGGCAGAGCUACGUCAUGUUAUGACAAACUUAGGAGAAAAGCUAACAGAUGAAGAAGUAGAUGAAAUGAUCAGAGAAGCAGAUAUUGAUGGAGAUGGACAAGUCAACUAUGAAGAAUUCGUACAGAUGAUGACUGCAAAAUGAAGAGACCUCCUUUCACCUUUUUUCCUCUAGAAGAAUCAAAUUGAAUCUUUUACUUACCUCUUGCAAAAAAAAAUGUUCGUUUAUUCAUUCUGUUUCUGUAUAGCAAAACUGAAUGUCAAAAUACCUUCUGUCCACAAACUGCAUGUAAUGGUUGGUGGUCCUGUUCCCAAAAGAUCAAGUUAAACAUCAGUUUUUUUCCAAUAUAAAUAAUUGUACUACCUUUAAAAACAACAAGAAGAAAGCACUUAGUGAACUCAAAAGUUCCAUUUGCUAAUGACUAUUACACUGUUUGGGCUGGCCAAUUUUUCAUGCAUGCAGCUUGACAAUUGAGCACAGUCAGACAUUUGUAUUAAACUGGUUCAAAGAAACAAAUAUUUUAAAAAGCAAAACAAAAAACCACUUGUCCAAAAGUGGGUUCUGGCUCAAUUUGUAGUCAAUAUAAAUUGUCAUAGCUGGUUUAAUUUCAAAUUGGUCUAUACCUCAGGAUGGUAUGCAGCAAAAAUGGUUGAGGGAUACAAAAUGUUUAGAGGAAACCCCUUUGAAGGUGGAAAGGUUCUUCUGUAUGUAGUAGCAGUCUGUUCCCAAAAAAACACACAUGAUGGUGGAAACUCUGGGUGGCAUGUCUGUGUUACAUUGGUUUUAAUAUUGUCUGCAUUGCACUAUUGUGAAACGGGUGUCAGGCUGUUACCGUUCACAAAAGUUUUUUAAAGAAACCUUCACUAAGGGGGAGCAGCAUCUUUGGACACUUUCCUUCUCUCUCAUUUUUAAAACCUUCUGUACUGAGACUUGGAGCUGGCAGAUAGCCUGUGGACUUCAGCACAACUAUCAACAUCGCUGUUCAAGAUAUUGCAGUUAAUGUCCAUUCCAAGUUGUAAAUGCUAGUCUUUUUUCCAAUAAAAGACCAUUAACUUAAAGGUGGUGUUACAUGCUUCAUAAAAGCCAAAUAUAUAUAUCCAAUUGAGAAACUAAACACACAAAAGGCAGUAGGAAGGGGAAAUGUUUUCUAUGAAUGACUUGCUGCUAAAUUAUAAUGCACAUGUAUGCAAUAACUUAAACCCGUUUAACAUUUCUUCAAGAUGGCAAGAACUGACCUCUUGUAACCCAAGACCUUUGCUAAAAAUAAAUGAACUUGUGCUUGCCUUUCA